AUUCACGCCAUGUGGUGAUGAGUCUUGAAAGCCGAGAUGUCGGUCAUGACGACACCGAGGCGCAACAAUGGGCGACCAGAGGCUUGUCUGCCUUGUCGUAGGCGCAAAGUAGCCUGCGACCACGCCCGUCCGAUUUGUUCUCGAUGUAUUCGCAGAAAGCAUCCAGACGCUUGCAAGUAUGGUGUCAGCAUUGUAUCGAGUCGACAACCCGUCGACGAGCCGCUGCGUGCGGCAUCACCGCAGAUAAAUGAUGGCCUCGAUAUUCUGCCUGAGCCGCCUGUGAGAGCAGCGCCGCGGAAUAGCGAGGAUUUUACACCAGGAUACUUGGGCUUUACGUCUUUCUAUCGAACGUUCAAUGAGGCGUCUACAAGUAUACCUGCAUCGCCUCAUUUCGAGCUGGGCAAUUCUCUGAAUGAAGUAUCGGAUUCUCCAGGAGCGGUCCUGAGCCUGCCAGAUCCCACCCUCCAAGCCAGUGUAGCGGUGCUGAAAUGUUUCCCAGGGAGGCAGAAAGCGCAGGACCUCCUCAGAGCUCAUUUUGAUCCUCACGACGGUUGGCUGCGUCCCGUAGCAGAGUUUACUCUAGUCGAGCUUUAUGACACCUUCGAUCAAGUGAUUACAGGCACGCCUUCCCAAGGUCAAUUGGAAACCCUGGCUCGUACCAUUUCCAACAACACAGCGAGACCGUUUCAAGAUGACGAAGUAGAUGCGCGAAAAUGGAUUGACCAGUUUUCCGGCAGAAACACCAGAUGGGAAACACUAGGUAUUCUGUUCAGCUACUGGGAGUGCGGCGCGCGUAACAGCAUUAAUAGAGACGAGAGGCUGAUGGAAUCCUUUCAAAGAUGCGUCGAGCAUUGCUUUCGAAUGGCAAGAAACGCUUCGAGCGGAGCAAAUUGCAUGGUGCUGUACCUUUCGUGGAAGCGAACUGUGUUUGGGUCGAUGACAGCAGGAAGUGCUAAUUUGCUGUGCUGGGAAUAUCACGCAGAGUCUGUGGCUCUGCUAACUUUCGCAGGAUGGCAUGCGAGCACCAUGCAAGCUCAGCAAUCUCCUACCCUGGCUUCCGAGAUGAGGCAUAGAAUCAAUAUCAUGAUAUAUGUAGGCGACAAAAUAUCAGCAUCCUUUACGGGGAGACCUCCUUUGAUGAGUCGAAGAUUCAUGUCGGCCCCCCUUCCCCUUGACCUAGAGGAUGAUGCCUUGCUUUCGGAUAGGAAUACGUUGCAGAGCGCUGCGGCACUAUUAAACGAGACAGAAUGGGCUGACCGAGACAAUCUGUGCACGUCGACGUUUCUUCGGGCUCGAGCGAAGCUAACUUUCAUAAGAGAAGAGAUUCUUGAGCUUGCAUUAGGUGGGCAUACGACCACUAGUGCUGAUACACUUCGAGAUGUCAAGUCGCGAGCAGAGCAGGUGUUCAGAGAUUUCCCCAGAUCUCUUCAAUUGAAUCUGGCGGGGACAAUCAACCAAGACACGGAUGCUCCCACCCUACACAUGAGACUUAUAGCCUAUCUUGAACACUUACAGAAUCUCUUCUUCAUUGAGAGACUCUUGAUUCGAAACCAUGCAGCAACGCGAGACGAAAUCCUAUCAAUAAGCUACAGAAUGGUGUCAACGACUCUACUGUACUGGAGAAAUAUGGACCGUCUAUCUGCGCUGAGAACGGACUUCCAGUGGCUCGUAAUGGCAUAUGCAGCCCCCGGAGGCGGCAUCCUCUGCCUGGAGCUCGUUCGGCCCACCAUGACAAGCUUCGCACACGAUCCAUCGCUGAGCCGGUCAAACAUCAUUCAGCAGUUGAGCUUACUGGUAGGAUUCUUGGACUGGGGUGUCUCCAUCGCAACGCCGAACAGGAAGCUCUGCGCAGCAUGCAAGACGAUCAUCGAGCGGGUGCUCGACCACACACUGAACGCGCCUCCGAAUGGUCAUAUCAUGGAUGCGGAUAUGCUGGGGAUGGGCACGCUGAACGAGCUGGAUUUCGAUUUCAAUCUCCUGGACACUUUCGACUGGAUGCCGAUGGAGAUGUCUCAACCUCCAUAGUUUAGUUCAAGGAAAAA